AAGAUUUGGGGGCAGCUUUUUGUUUUUUCACUGUUGUUAUACUUUUUUUACUCCUGAAAAAAAGCCAAAAAGAUGUUUUAAUAAAAGGUUUUAAUUGUGGCUGAGUCUGCACCUCUAUUUUUUGCACUUCUAAAGACCAAAAAUUACGAAGCUUUUCAAAAAUGUGACUUACUAAGGGUGAGGUUUGCCAGCGGUGGCGCACUGAAGAAGCUUGACAAUGAACAAACCCAAAGCGCUCAUUAUUAUCUUCUGCCGGACUAGUUCAGUACUUAAGGCCCGGGAACAAUUGCCGUAGCGUUACGCUAGCUCUCAGGCCUUAGAGUCCUCAAUCGCGAGAAUUCACGGGAUCAGACGCCGAAGGAGGGGCCGUGUGAGGCGUGCAACAACUGACAGCUCCCAAGCGCCCUUGGGCUUUUGUCUCCGGACCCCAGUGCGCGUGCGCGCACGUGGCCCCGCCUCUUUGCCGGAGGGCAGUGUUCCUCAUGCUGCCAGCACUCCUAAGCCGCCGACUUCCGUGGCCUUUACUGUGGGGAUCUGUCCCCGCCGUUGUGCGCCAUGGCCUCCGGGAGCCCCUUCCCGAGAGGAGAUGUGCGGCCGCUUCCUUCUUCCAGCACUCUUCCUACCUGGGACGUGAGCCUCCUCAUGGCCAGACGGCGACUGGGGACUACCGACGAAAUACCGACAUGGAGGAGCGUUUUCUGUUCCCCGAGUACAUCCCGGAGCCAAAGCCUGAGCCGACCCCCGGAGAGCUGCUGCAGGAACUACAGCAGCCGCAGGAGGAGGAGGAGCGGCAGAGGCAGCGGCGGGGCGAGCAACGGCGGCAGCAGAAGCUACGGGCCAGAUAUCGGGAGCACGCAGUGAUGGGGAACCCAGACCCCACGGUCCCGUCCAGCGGCAUUAGCUGCUCGGGCUGCGGGGCGGAGCUGCAUUGCCAGGAUCCCAGCGUGCCUGGCUACCUGCCCAGCAAGAAGUUCCUCAGAUCGGCGUCGGAGGCGGACGGCGGGCUGACGGGGACCGUGUGCCUGCGCUGCUGGCUGCUGGUGCACCACCGGCGCGCCCUGCGCCUGCAGGUGAGCCGCGAACAGUACCUGGAGCUGGUGAGCGCCGCGCUGCGGCGGCCCGGGCCGGCCCUGGUGCUCUACAUGGUAGAUCUACUGGACCUGCCUGACGCCCUGCUGCCGGACCUGCCAGCCUUGGUGGGCCCCAAGCAGGUGAUCGUGCUGGGGAACAAGGUGGACUUGCUGCCUCAGGACGCUUCCGGCUACCGCCGGCGGCUCCGGGAUCGGCUGUGGGACGACUGUGUCCGCGCCGGGCUCCUGCCUUCGCCUGGCCACCAAGGGCAACAGGACCCCGGCGGGGACGGGUCUCGGGACCUGGCGGCGAAUCCGAAUCCGCCGGCCCGGCACCGCACAGUGCUCCGGGACGUGCGGCUGAUCAGCGCCAAGACAGGCUACGGGGUGGAAGAGUUGAUCUCCGCGCUUCAGCGCUCCUGGCGCUACCGCGGCGAUGUCUACCUGGUAGGCGCUACCAACGCCGGCAAGUCCACUCUCUUCAACACGCUCCUGGAGUCUGACUACUGUACCGCCAAGGGUGCCGAAGCCAUCGACAGAGCCACUAUUUCCCCAUGGCCAGGUACUACAUUAAACCUUUUGAAGUUUCCUAUUUGCAACCCAACUCCUUACAGAAUGUUUGAAAGACACAAAAGGCUUAAAAAAGAUGCAGCUACAGCUGAAGAAGAUCUUAGUGAGCAAGAGCAAAAUAAACUUAAUCUCUUGAAAAAUCAUGGUUAUGUGGUAGGAAGAGUUGGGAGAACAUUCCUAUAUUCAAAAGAACAGAAAGAUGAAGCUGCCUUCGAGUUUGAUGCUGAUUCACUUGCCUUUGACAUGGAAAAUGAACCUGUUCUAGUUGCAGACAAAUCCACCAAAAAAGUAGAAUUGACCCCACAAGAAGUGAAAGAUGCCCACUGGUUUUAUGACACCCCUGGAAUUACAAAAGAAAAUUGUAUUUUAAAUCUUCUAACAGAAAAAGAAGUAAAUAUUGUUUUGCCAACACAGUCCAUUAUUCCAAGAACUUUUGUGCUUAAACCAGGAAGUGUUCUUUUUUUGGGUGCUAUAGGCCGCAUAGAUUUUCUGCAGGGAAAUCAUUCAGCUUGGUUUACAGUUGUGGCUUCCAAAUUCCUUCCUGUGCACAUCACUUCCUUGGACAGGGCAGAUGCUAUAUAUCACAAGCAUGCAGGUCAUACAUUACUCCAGGUUCCAAUGGGUGGAGAACGAAUGGCAGAAUUUCCUCCUCUUGUUGCUGAAGACAUUACAUUAGAAGAAGGACUUGGGGAAUCCGAAGCAGUGGCUGACAUAAAAUUUUCCUCUGCAGGUUGGGUUGCAGUAACACCUCAGUUUAAGGACAGACUGCAUCUCCGAGGCUAUACACCUCAAGGAACAGUUCUGACAGUCCGGCCCCCUCUGUUGCCAUAUAUUGUUAACAUCAAAGGAGAGCGCAUCAAGAAAAGUGUGGCCUAUAAAACCAAGAGGCCUCCUUCCCUUGUGUAUAAUCUGCGAAAGAAGAAAUAAGGCCCAGUCCCCCCACCCUUUUUAAACAUUUUAACAGUUUAUCUUUUAAACUGUUCUGGACUGUAUCUGUAAUGUAUUGGAACUUGUAAAUACAAGUUGUUUUUUUUUUA